GAUACGAUGGCCGGCUUCGAAAAAUGUUGAGGUUGAUUGACAGAAAUUUGGUGUAUUAAAAGACUACUGCGUGCAAUUUCCAGUCAACGAAGAUGUUUAUUUACUUGAGCAAGAAGAUUGCCAUCCCAAACAACACCACUCUGAGGUGUGUAGCCUGGAACAGAGAACAGGGGUACAUAGCCUGUGGUGGGGAGAAUGGACUGCUUAAAGUAUUGAAACUUGAGACUGCCACAGCACAGUACCCUGUGAUCUGCUUAUGCUGGCACCCUGUCCCACAGAGGGCGCCACAGGCCAUUCUCGUGUCCGCUGGCGCCAACAACGCCAUCCAGGCAUGGGCGAGGUUGGAUCGCAAGGUGGCGAACCGGCGCCUGAUGGCAGAACAGGAGAGAUUGAUUCUUGAACAACCAAAUUGUGCAGAUGUUUAUAAAGUUUUGACGAGUAAACUACAUACUUCUGAUUGGGUUUCUGAAAGUUUGUGGUAUGAGGAGAUGAUCAACAACAGAAACAAGUCUGUGGUGAGGUGUAUGAAGUGGAAUGCUGAUGGACAGAAGAUUUGUAUUGUGUAUGAAGAUGCACAGUACCCUGUGAUCUGCUUAUGCUGGCACCCUGUCCCACAGAGGGCGCCACAAGCCAUUCUCGUGUCCGCUGAUGCCAACAACGCCAUCCAGGCCUGGGCGAGAUUGGAUCGCAAGCAGGCGAACCGGCGCCUGAUGGCGGAACAGGAGAGAUUAAUUCUCGAACAACCAAAUUGUGCGGAUGUUUAUAAAGUUUUGAUGAGUAAACUUCACACUUCUGAUUGGGUUUCUGAAAAUGUCAGUUUUAACCAAGACAGGCUGCAUAUUUCAGGUUUGUGGUAUGAGGAGAUGAUCAACAAUAGAAACAAGUCUGUGGUGAGGUGUAUGAAGUGGAAUGCUGAUGGACAGAAGAUUUGUAUUGUGUAUGAAGAUGGAGCCGUUAUAGUGGGCUCUGUUGAUGGUAACAGGAUUUGGGGCAAGGAGCUGAAAUUACAGUUGGCUUAUGUGGAGUGGUCUCCAGAUGGUAAGAUCCUGUUGUUUGGGAUGACAAAUGGAGAAAUACAAGUGUUUGACAACACAGGAAACUUCAUUUCCAAGCUGACAGUAUUCUGUCUGUCCAACGUGACGGGUGCUGUUCACAUAGCUGGUAUAGAGUGGUAUAAUGGAGAGUAUGGGUUUGUGGAGCCAAACUGUCCCUGCCUGGCCAUUGUCUACGAUAAUGGACGGUGCCAGAUUAUGAGGAAUGAGUCUGAUGAAAACCCAAUCCUGAUAGAUACAGGGAUGCAGGUUGCUAAGUCACAGUGGAACCACACUGGGUCUGUCCUGGCAGUGGCAGGGUCACAGAGAGCAGCUUCUGCUGACAAAGACGUCAAUGUUGUGCAGUUUUAUACUCCCUUUGGAGAGCACCUACGGACAUUGAAGGUUCCAGGAAAGCAGAUGUUUUCGUGUUCCUGGGAGGGAGGAAGUCUGAGGAUUGCUCUGGCCAUUGAUUCCUUUAUUUACUUCGCCAAUAUUAGACCGGAUUAUAAGUGGGGUUAUUGCUCUAACACAGUAGUGUAUACCUUCACUAAGCCAGAGAGAGCAGAGCACUGUGUUAUCUUCUGGGACACAAAGAAUAAUGAGAGAUAUGUGAAAUAUGUGAAGAAUCUCCUGUCAAUCUCUGCUUGUGGUGACUAUUGUUGCCUGGCAACAAGGGCAGAUGAUGUCAGUGGUCAGUAUGUCCUAGUACUGUGCAACUCCAUUGGGACCCCCCUGGACUCCAAGUACAUAGAACUAGAGCCUGGCUACGUCACCAUGACCAAGACCCACAUCGUGGCAGCGUCCAAGGAGGCGUUUUACACCUGGCAGUACAAGACAACCCAGAAACUGACCACCAUGGACCUGUCUGGGAAAAGACGGGGAGGGACUGAGAAGUUAUACCAUGUGGAUGAUGUACCCUCAGGAGCUGGAGGUGAUAACAUUGACUUUAGCAAAGCUUUCCAGCCCACACAAGACCCCAUCUGCUGCAUCAGUGCCUCAGACAAAAUGCUGGUCAUUGGUCGCGAAUCUGGUACCUUGAACAGAUACACAAUGCCACUGGUGGCGCUGUCAAACAAACAUGUCCUCAACUGUCGUCCUCACCAGAUGGCACUGAACUGCAACUCUACUCGCCUGGCCAUUAUCGAUAUUUCUGGUGUGAUGACCUUUUUUGACCUUGAUGCCAAGGUCACAGAUGCCAACGGACAGGAAGUUGUGGGAGAGCACCUGAAGUUUGAGAGGAAAGACGUCUGGGAUAUGAAAUGGGCUGAAGACAACAGUGAGCUGAUAGCUAUGAUGGAGAAAACCAGGAUGUACAUCUUCAGAAAUCUGGACCCAGAGGAGCCCGUAUUAAGCAGUGGCUACAUCGCCAAGUUCAAUGACCUUGAGAUCACCUCUGUGUUGUUGGACGAGAUCAUGAAGGAUCCAGAAAAUCCGACUGCGGAUAAUAUACUGCACCUCGAAAUCAAGUCAUUAAGAGACAGCAGAGAUCUGUUGGAGAAAGUUGGUAUUGAAGAUGCCCAGCAGUUCAUAGAGGACAAUCCACACCCCAGACUGUGGCGUCUGUUGGGAGAGACAGCUUUGGAGCAGCUGAACCUGAAAGUAGCAGACAGUGCAUUUGUGAGGUGUAAAGAUUUUCAUGGGAUAGAAUUCAUCAAGAGACUGGGGAAUUUACAGAAUGAGACAAUGAAGCAGGCAGAAGUAGCAGCAUACUUCAGAAGGUUUGACGAGGCAGAGAGGCUUUACAUGGAGAUGGACAGAAGGGACUUGGCCAUAGCCCUGAGAAAGAAGCUUGGUGAUUGGUUCAGGGUGGUCCAGUUACUGAAAACUGGGUCAGGAGGAGAUGAUGUGCAACUGGAGGAGGCAUGGAAUGCUAUAGGGGACUACUAUGCUGACAGGCAAAAAUGGCAGCAGGCGGUGACCUACUACGUCCAGGGCAGGAACCAGGAGCGUCUGGCAGAGUGUUACUAUAUGCUGGAAGACUACCAGGGUCUGGAGAAGAUGGUACAGUUCUUACCUGAGAACCAUAAACUACUGCCUGAGAUAGCAGGCAUGUUUGUCACAGUUGGGAUGUGUGAACAGGGAGUGGAGGCAUAUAUAAAGUGUAACCGUGUAAAGCAGGCCAUAGACGCCUGUGUUCACCUCAACCAGUGGAAUCAAGCCAUCGACCUGGCCAAACAGCACAACAUCAAAGAGAUUGACUCCCUGCUGGCAAAAUACGCUCAGCACCUGCUGGAGAAAAAGAAAGAACUCAGCGCCAUUGAACUGUAUAGAAAGGCCAGCCAUUAUCUAGAGGGCGCCAAGUUGUUGUUUAAGGUGGCUGACGAGGAAGCUCAGAAAGGCAGCAAACCACUGCGGAUCAAGAAGCUGUAUGUUCUAGCCGCUCUUCUUAUCGAGCAGUACCACGAACACGUGAAGUCCACCUCUAAGUCCAAGGCUAAAGGAAAGUCCAGAGAGGCUACCUCUGCCCUAGCAGGACUUCUUGAGGAAGACUCAGCCUCUAUAUCUGACACAAAGCUUAUAGACAAUGCAUGGAGGGGAGCAGAGGCAUACCACUUCUAUCUCCUGGCACAGAGACAGCUCUAUGAAGGUUAUGUGGACGCUGCCAUGAACACAGCUCUGCAGCUCAGAGACUACGAGGACAUCAUCGACCCCAUCAAAGCUUAUUCCCUGAUAGCUUUAUCAAGUGCAGCAAACAGAGCGUUUGGUACAUGUUCCAAGGCCUUCAUUAAACUGGAGUCUAUAGAGAGUGCUAGUCCUGAGGGAAAAUCACAGUAUGAGCAGCUGGCUUUGGAUAUCUUUACCAAGCACAGUCCUAAGGACAGCAAGAACACAAGGUCAGAUGCUGCCAACUAUGCUAACCUAGUUGCAGAAGGGGACCCCAAGUUACCAGUGUGCAUUGCGACAGGUCGUACGUUAGUGGAUUACCAGUUCUGGGUGUGCAACACAUGCAAGCACUGUGCUUACGAGCAGGAGGUGCAGAGUCGUAAUUUCUGUCCCCUCUGUCACAGUCCAAUGUGAAGACAAUGACGACUGCGAAUAGAAUUUCUGAAGUCAUUACAAAUGUGAUACAUAUAACAUACUUAAAGGAGAAGAAUUGUUUUAACUGUGACUUAAAUGUAUUCUUAAAUAGAAUGAACAAUUGCUUUCAGCAUUACCAAAAUUUUGGACUGUAAAAGAUGAGCUUUUGAAAAGACAGAUAUUGGAUAUUUUUCUAGUACGAAAGUGAUGCUAAUGUGUUUUCUCAGAAUUUCCUCAAUUUUGUACAUGUGUAUUUGAUAAAUGAGGUAUAUGAUUGAUAGGAUCAUCUGUAAAAGAUGUUCAUGUGAAAUUGAUUUUUUUUUCUGAAAUCAUAUAAAAAAUAAUCAUAUUUUAAGAUUGAAUUACUGUUAUUGCAGGUUUAUCAUUUCCGUCCUCUAAACUAUUAAUAUUAGGCUAUCACCUUUCCAUAGUCAAAUGAUGUCAAAAGAAGAUUUCACAUAACAGAUUGAUUUUAUUUUAUUUAAAGUAUAUUUUAAACAGGAAUUUACUUUGUGUAUUUGAUAUUAAAAAGAAAAUCUUGAAAUCUUGAAAAAUCUGCAGAUUAAUUCCAGUGUGCAGAGAACUGUUUAUUGGUACAAAGAGAAGCAUUCUUCAUUAUCCUAAAUUAUUCUGCACCUUUAAAAAAGGCAUUUUGUUCAAGAUUCAGAAGUAAUUUGAUUAUUCAGAAAAUAUUAUGAAAUAGUUUUAACUAAUUCAAAUAGUAAUUUUGGUCGUCUUCAAACCACUCAUUCUUUUGAAAUGUAUAUUUAACCAUUAUUAUUAUUAUUAUUAUUAUAAGUUUAUUUAUUUUCAUUAUUAAUUAUCAAAAAAUAAACUGGCACAAUCUGUAAUUUACUUGUACAUUGAAAUUUUAAUUUUCAGAGAAGAAUACAACUUUGUAACUAUGGAGACUUUGAUGACAUGUAAGAUGGCAUAUUAGAUUGUAUAGGAUUAAAAUUAUGUGUGGCGUUUUUCAAUGUAAAAUAAA